UUGACAACAUAAGUGAAAGGUUAACAAAUAGGUAUUUAUUUUCAACAAAUGUUGAAAGAAAUUAUUAAAAACAAACAUGGUAAUAAACACAUAUAACGACAUAUAAACGUGUCGCUAAAAAAUUCUAAACAAGCUAUCAAAAUGGAAAGUGAUGAACAUAAAGACACACAAGAAGUAUCCAUCAAAAUAGAAGGCAAUGAAGUGAAAAUUGAAGAAAAUUGGGAGGAAUUUAAUGACAGUUUGAUUAAAAGUGAUGAAAUUAAUGUAAAAUGUGAAGAAAAUCCAGGGAACUGUGACUUUGCUGUAGAUAACACAAAUGUCGAAUCAAGUAAAUGGAACCACAUUCCUGUAGGAAAAAUAAAAGUUGAAUAUUCAAGCGUGUACAUAUGCCAAGAGACGCAAUUAUACAAAUGUGACCGUUGCGAUUACGUGACCAGUUACGAACAGAAUCUAAAGGGUCACCGUUGGUCCAAACACCGAGCGAAGGCCCCCGACCAGUCCUACAAAUGCGAUAAAUGCGAUUACAUAGCAAAAUACAAGUCAGCAUUCGCUAAUCACCAAUUAAAACACCGCGACCCAUCAGAAAUACCGAUGUACAAAUGUGACAAGUGCGACUAUGAGACGAAGUUCAAGAAGAUUCUGGCCCGCCACCACCGAAAGCACGAGGAAAAGGAAGUCCAACUGGUGUACAGUUGCGACGAAUGUGCGUACGAGACGACAGUGAAGAGCAGCCUCACGAAGCACCUGCUGAAACACAAGGCAAUGUCCGAGACACAAGUUUACACCUGCGACAAGUGCGAUUACAAGACUAAGUUCGCGGACUACAUGAGGCACCACCAAUUCGUACACAAAGAUCCCACGGAGAUCAAAAUGUACUCGUGCGAUAGGUGUGAUUACAAGAGUAAGUACAAGAGCGGCUUGAAACGGCACAUGCUGAAGUACGAAGAUCUUUCCAAACUGCAGAUGUACAAGUGCGAUAAAUGCGACUAUGAAUCCAUAUAUAAAAAUUGCCUGGCGUCGCACCAGUUAAAACACUUGGACCCCUCCCAGGUUCGAUUGUACAAAUGCGUUGAGUGUGGUUUCGAGACCAGAUAUAAAAACAGCCUUAAGACGCACGAACUAACCCACAAGGAUGUUUCGGAAGUGCACGUAUAUGCGUGUGACCAGUGUAAUUUCAAGACCAUCCAGAGAAGUAACCUUUUGCGCCAUCUGCGGAAACAUAAAAACUCUGCCCACCCAAAGUGAACAUUUUCCUGUAACAAAUAUUCUCCACUUAUAGUCCAGACGGUAUCUGUUUCAAAAAGUCCAUAUUUGGGUGAAUUGUAUAUCCAUGGAGAUUUUUGG